CUUCCCUUCCUGUUUUUGUUUUCGUUCUCAUUGCACGGUGCAUACGGUGGUUGGUAAGGGAGAGAGAGAAAGGUGGUAGGUGGGGAUCUUAAAAACCACGACUUUGGAGUAUAAGAGGCGGUAGAACCCCAAAUUCGUCCUUCUGCGGUGCUCCGAGAUCGCAUCUUGGAAGGUAUAAAUCAAAAAAACUGACCUGUGAUACAGAAGAGAAUUGCAGCAAUCAGCCAUGUCAAUUGAAUCACGUGGGUUAUAUUCAACAUCAAGAAAUAACUCCCUUGAAAGAAACAGUUUUAGGAGUGAAUCUUUCUCAGAGGACAGAGAUAGGGAAGUUAUACCAGAGGCUGGUGUCCUCUCAAUUGUCGUGCUUGGUGCUUCAGGUGACCUAGCAAAGAAGAAGACUUUUCCAGCACUCUUCAACCUUUUUCGGCAGGGGUUUUUACUACCCAAUGAAGUUCACAUAUUUGGAUAUGCCCGAACAAAGAUUUCAGAUGAUGAGUUAAGAGAACGUAUCCGACGAUUCCUUAGUCAUGGUAAAGGAGCUUCAACUGAGCAUACAGAUGAUCUGUUGAAGUUUUUACAGUUGGUCAAGUAUGUUAGUGGUUCUUAUGACAGUGAGGAUGGAUUUUUGUUGUUGAAUAAGGAAAUUUCAGCGCAUGAGUCAUCAAAAAGAAGUCAAAUGGGAACCUCUCGCAGACUGUUUUAUCUUGCAUUGCCUCCAUCUGUUUACCCUCUGGUCUGCAAAAUGAUCAGAAGAUACUGCAUGAACCAAUCUGAUCUUAGUGGGUGGACUCGUAUUGUUGUCGAGAAGCCUUUUGGAAAAGACUUAGACUCUGCAGAAGAACUUAGCAUGCAGCUUGGAGAGCUAUUUGAUGAACAACAGAUUUACCGAAUUGAUCACUAUUUGGGGAAGGAAUUGGUCCAGAACUUGCUUGUGCUUCGUUUCGCCAACCGCUUCUUUGUGCCUCUAUGGAAUCGUGAUAAUAUUGCCAAUGUUCAGAUUGUCUUCAGGGAGAAUUUUGGAACUGAAGGGCGUGGAGGAUAUUUUGAUCAAUAUGGAAUCAUUCGUGACAUUAUUCAAAAUCAUUUAUUGCAGGUUCUUUGUUUAGUUGCCAUGGAGAAGCCCGUAUCUCUUAAGCCAGAGCACAUACGAGAUGAGAAAGUGAAGGUUCUUCAGUCAGUCCUACCCAUAAAAUACGAAGAGGUUGUUCUUGGACAAUAUGAGGGAUACAGAGAUGACCCAACAGUUUCUGACAAGUCCAACACCCCAACUUUUUCAACUGUUGUUUUAAGAAUACACAAUGAAAGAUGGGAAGGUGUCCCUUUUAUACUCAAGGCAGGAAAAGGUUUGAAUUCAAGCAAAGCAGAAAUUCGUGUUCAAUUCAAGGAUGUUCCCGGUGACAUCUUUAAAUCUAAGAGGCAAGGAAGAAAUGAAUUUGUCAUACGCCUACAGCCAUCAGAGGCCAUGUAUAUGAAACUAACAGUGAAGAAACCUGGACUGGAAAUGUCAACCAUACAGAGUGAACUAGAUUUAUCUUAUGGGCUACGAUAUCAGAAUGUCACAAUUCCUGAGGCAUAUGAACGGUUAAUCUUGGACACAAUACGGGGAGAUCAGCAGCACUUUGUGCGCAGAGAUGAACUGAAGGCAGCAUGGGCGAUUUUCACUCCUCUCCUACACAGUAUUGAUGCUGGGGAACUGAAACCUCUUUCUUAUAAGCCAGGUAGCCGUGGUCCAGCAGAGGCAGAUGCGUUGCUCUCCAAAGCAGGUUAUGUGCAAACACACGGCUACAUUUGGAUACCACCUACAUUAUAAGAACAGCAUGGUAUUUCCUAAUAUCAGUGUAGUUAACUGGGUGACUUUUGUCACCACAUAUGUGGCGGAUCUGCAGUGUUUGUGUUGAAUAAUGCAAUCUCCAGUUUGUCUAAAUGAGCCUAACUUCAGUUUGCAAAAUGUGGCCUUGCUUUUUAUCAAAUCUAAUAAGUUGCUUAAAGAAAUAAUAAAGUUUUUUCUCUGUUACGUGC